GCCUAUCUAAGGUUACAACGUUAUCGAGUUACAACAAUACAAACCUGUCGAGCGGGACCUAAAGGAUAAUUUCAAACCCCGUUAACAUAGUUGAGGGAAUCAAAACCCAAAUCCCAAUAAAAAGGAAAGGGUUCUGAGUGCAUCACUUGGAGACCAGCUUUCAUCAUGGGCGCGCCAGGAGUAAUCGAUACUCCACGGACGGAGUACCCAACUGAAUCUUCAAUAGAGAUGGAAGCGGACUUCGGCUCACGAAUGGAAUCCUUCGCAUCGCCGGGCGGUGACGACAUCCUCCAACCCAUAACCAGCAAGCGAAACCGCCGAAGCGAGAUAACGCCGGCCCGUCAGAUCUUUGGGAGUUUAGCAAACAGAGGUGGUGCCGGAAAGAACGAGUUCACGCCUCUGCUCAAGAGCGUACAGCGAUCGCACCUCGCUCGGAAAGCCAGCAGCAAUGGGGUACCGCCGACGCCAGCGUUUUUGAAAGGCGGGAAGCUCAACAUUGCGGAUAGUCCUGCGCUGCCGCAAGCUGGAAGCUCGGAUGUUGGCGACUCCACCUACCAGACCCGCGGAGAUGAGACCACGAUUGGGCCUGCUGGGAUCCCGUCUUCGAGUAUGGGUUCUACUCCCCUUGCGCCGAUUCCUCGGGGGAAGGGUGGGGUGUUGGAGCACGAUGGGCAGAUGACCUUGAGGGAGCAGGAGAAGGUAUGGGUCCUCUGAUAUACGCUAUGGCUUUGAAGCUCGCUGACUUUGGGAUAGAUCAUCGAUGAGAUCAAGAAGGAGAACUUCGGCCUGAAGCUUAAGAUUGUGUUCAUGGAGCAACGGUUACAAAAGCUGGGGCCUGAGCAUCAUGAGGAGGCAAUCAAGGAGGUACGCGAGCGUCUUUUACAUAACUAUCAUGAAUGAGAGCCGUAGCUAAUUUGGAACCUUUCUUUAAAAACGCAGAACAUCGAGAUCAAGGUCGAACGGGCAACUCUCAAAGCAGAAUUGAAGCGUUACCGGAAAUCCCUCACGGAUUCCGAGAAAGCCGUUGCCGACCUUCGCGACAAAAUGAUCAAGAUGCAGAGCAGCAAGCAGGCGAAAUAUACUGACGAUCGGAAGAAUGAGGAACAAGCCCGGGUUUUACUGGGGGCCCAGGAAAAGCUUGAUGAAAAAGAACAGGAGAUUCAGCAAAUCCUUGAGGAGAACGAGAGACUUCGGGAGGAAGCGGAAGAAUAUAAGUCUCGACUGGAAAGCAUUGAGGAUGAGGAUGAAGAUAAUGAUGAGUUGGAAAAGCUGAGGAAGGAAGUCGAGAGGCUUGAGGGUGAGAAGGUCGACUUGGAAACCGAAUUGAAUGAGAAAGAAAGGGCCCUUGACGAGCGGGAGGAGCAGAUGGAAGGUGUUGAGGAACAUAUUGAAGCCCGUGACGACCGAAUCAAGGACUUGGAGCAGGAGGCAGAGACUCUUCAAAAGAGGGUCACCGCUUUGGAAGGGGAAUUGGAAGGAAGGGCUGGCGAUAGAGAUGGAGCUCUUGCGAGGAAGGAUGAAGCCCUACGACAAGCCGAACAAACCAUUAAAGAAAUGGAGAGGGUGAUUUGUUCCCCUGAAGACGUGUCUGAGAUUUGAACUAAUAGUUUUUGGUAGGAAAUGUUGAAUCUCCAAAACACCCUCGACGAUGCAAAGGCUGGGAAAUUAGAACUUAUCAAGACGAAGGAGGGGGUGGAAGCUGAGAACCGCCGACUUGAAUCGGACAAUAGAAACCUCAGCACAGAGAAACGUAAUCUCCAGAGCGAAGUCGAAAAGCUGGGGGAUGACAUCCGAGAUCGCAGCUUUACAUAUAGGGGCAAUAUCGGAGCGCGUGAGGGUCAAUACCGAGAACUGGAGAACCAGCUGGAGCAUAUCCGCCAGGAGUACGAAGACCUUCAACAAUCGCAUCGGGAGAAGAGUGAGGAAGUGGGGCGACUGCAGGCAAGGCUCAGCGAACGGGAUGGUGACAUUGAGGGUGAGUUUGCGGUUCUACAGAGGCAAGUUGAUAAUCUCAAGCGUGAGAAAGAGGAAGCGGUGAGGUCGCGUACUAAGCUCGAGGCCGAGCUCCGAAAGGUCAAAUUAGAUCUUCACAACCUUGCCUCUGAGAAGGAUCUUCUCCAUAUCCGCCACGAUGCUCUAACGGAUGAAUCUCAAGACCUUCAGAAGCAAGUUGAGAAGCUAAAGCUUGCUGUUCAAGAGGUGAAUGUGGCGCUUCAUACGGAGAGGCAACUUGCGGCGUCAAACGAGCAAGCUUUGAGAGGCGAAUGGGAAGACGACAAGAAUGCUCUGAACAACGAAUUGGAGCAACUUGAGAGGGAGGUUCAGGAGAAGGAGUCACGCCGUGAGCGUGCAGUCUCUAAUUGGAGCACCGAGAAGCGUCAGCUUGAGGCCAAGAUCCAGAAGGCGGAAGCAACAGCAGAUGGUUUGAAGAAGACCAUUGAGCACCUUCAGCAAGUCGAGCAUACGGUCCAAGGGAAGGAGGCUAAGCUACACGAUGCUCUCAAGUCUGAGAAUGAGAGACACAAGGCGGAGGAGGAUGUUCUUAAAGGGCAAAUUGCGGAACUCCAAGACGAGAUUGAAGACCGAAAGGCAGCAUUCGAUCUUAAGGCUGCUGAGCUUCAAGCUGCUAAAGAGGAGUGCCGAGUGGUAAAGAAGGCCGAAAGAGUGCUGGACGAGAAGGUCAAAGCCCUUGACGACGAGGUUGAGCUACUUGGUGCUCAGCUUGAUGAGGUGAACGAGGAUGCAGAAGAGCAAGUCAAUACUGCCAGAGCCGAAGUCGAAACACUCCGUCAGAAGCUCAAUGCCACUAGACUAGAACUCACUCGCUUGGAGAACCGGCACGCCAGUGCACGCGCUGAUAUUCAAACCUACAAAGGAGAUUUGGAGGCCGAGGCGAGUGCUCAGGGUCAACUUAAGGCCGAUCUCAAAGAUGCCAACCGACGAUUAGAGACGAUUCAGAAGGACAAGCACGACCUCCAAGACCAACUCGCAAAGGUUAACUCUCAGAUCCAUACUCUCAAAACCACAUCGAUGGAGAUUGAGUCCGAACGUGACGAGCUCAAAAGCCAGCUGCAGCAAUUGUCACAUCAAGUUGAUGUUACAAAGGGCUAUGAUCAAGAAAAGAUGGAACUGAGAAAGAGUAAGAACAAACUUGAACUCAAUCUCCAACGAGUGAGCGACGAGCGAGAAAUUCUUGAACAAAAAGCAGGCGAUUUGGAAGCCCAGCUUGGGGAUGCUCUCGAUUCGGCUCAGAAGUUGGAGGAUAAACUCGAGAAGCAAGCCCGGGAAUUAAAGGCACAGCUGAAGGCUAUCACUGAUGCCCGUGAUCAUGAUCAGCAAGCCGCCCAGCGCAAUGUCGCACGUCUAGAGUCCAGAAUGGAGCAGCUACUUAAGGCCGACGGGCAAGAUGGAGGAGGGUCAGAUGUGGAAUUGAAGGUUCUCCGGGCCGAAUUGGCAGAGUCGAGGAAGAGGGAGAAUGAAACAAUUCAAAAGGAGUCGGCAAGCAGGAAAGCUGCUCGUGAAUUGCGAUCACAGAUCGACAAACUCGAGAGAGAGCUUAUGGAGGCUAAGAAUGCUGCUGCCGCCUCUUUGUCGCCAAACGGAAGAUCACCUCGCUCCAGCAGAAAGUCCGAGGUCGAGGAAUUGAAGCGCCAACUUAGUAGUGCCAAUGGGCAAGCUCGGGAACUCCGGUCCCAGACAAGAUCAUUACAAAGAAAGGUCGAUGAUCAAAAAACUUUGCAUGACCAGGUCGAAUACGAGAGAUCAAUACUUGAACAGGAAAUCAAUGAGAUCCGGGAGAGCAAUGACGCCCUGGUUGCGAAGAACCUCCAAGCCAGCACUACAAUCGGCGACCUCAGGAAGCGGAUCCAUUCUCUGGAACGGGAGCUGCAUGACGUCCAACUGAACAAGCAUCUCAAGAACUCGGAGGUUACCCGAACCGCACAGCAGGAGGUCGCCGAGGAGAGGCAAGAGCUACAUGAACACAUCAAAUCUGCCACCCUUGAGAUCGAGCAGUUGCAAUCUCAAUUGAGUGCCAGAGAGGAGGAAAUCCGCGGCCGCCGCAAGCGCGAGAAGGAGCUCGAUGCGCAGAUAAGGUCGCUCCGAAAGGAGAAGCAGCAACAGGACACGCAAUCCACCAAUGUAAACGAGGAAUUGAAGAAAAUCACUCGGCGGUAUCAACGUGCCAUUGAGAGGACUGCUCAGCUUCAGGCCGCUUGGGACGAGGAACGCAAGGCGAUCAAGCAGAGGGUGCGGUUUUCAGAAAGCACCAGCAGGCGGGAGAAUACGAAGGCUGGUAGUGAAGUCAAGGCUCUCGAGAAGAUUGCCCAGGAUGCGGACGAGCGACACAGGGGCGAGAUCAAAGGCCUCGCAAAACAGAUCCGAUAUCUCCGAGCCAAGGUAGCUCGCGAGGCUGGAUUCCGCGCAGACCUCUCCUUCAGCAAGAACUUCUUCUUAAUGCAAAUCAAUCUCUACAGUGCCUGGUGAGUAAUCCACCCUUCCCUCCUCUCUUAUCUUCGUGAUGGACAGCUGCUAUGGCCUGCCCCGCCUUGAUAAUAUUACGCCGGCUCCGCGGAGUAACUCCACGCUUAAAAGGUUCUGGUGGCUGAUUUGUGACGAACCUUUUCUCCCUGCAGCAAUGAGGCAAACAUGCAGUUAAUAGAACAGAUGGGGAUUUUCCCUGACCGCUAUAUACGCGAGAAGCGACCAGCAUUAAGGUCGGUGGUACAGACAAUUAUUGCCACCAUCCGUAUGAGGUUCGCCCCAAAUUUUAACCCAGUCGUGGAUGACUGACGAGUUCCUCGUCCGAUUUACAUUUUUCGCUAAUCUGUGCAUGUAGUAAACUUCAACGGUCAUGGUCGGCGAACAAAGAGUUAAAGACCUCUCUGGUCAAGUCGUUGGAACGAGUGAGGAGGAUGGAGAAUGCGGAGGUUUAGAUUAAUGAUAUUGAAUACUGGGUUUCCCUUUUUUUCUUUCUCCGGUCUAUUUCAUGUUUUUGUGGGAGAGGGAACUUAAUGAUUGUAUUAAGUCUCAGGUUGCUUGACUUGUUCAUUCCCGAUCCCUAUUUUAUUAUCAUUACACUUAUGUAACAUAGCCAGUUGUUGUACGGUACCCGCAUUUGCAUGUUUUUCUUCUCUCUUUCCUCAAGGUGGGUGUUUGGAUGUGUACUGUACGGUGCAAUGCCCUCUUUUGGCAAUCUUGAGGCAAGCUCUAUGAAUUUCACCAAGAUCUAACUAUGUAUGUUCCGUCUUGGUUCACCAUUACACCGUUUCUUUUGAUCUUUCGUAGCGCAGAGAAUAUUGUCUGGUAGUGUAUUUAUUGCCCAGCCAGGUUCACCAAUUCAUUCAGAGAACUCAUUAGGUUCUUCCGUUCCUCC